AUGUAUGCCGUCAUGACGGAGCUGGCGAGGGAGAACCAGUCAAGGUGUCGUCUCCUGAUGCAGCAGUACUACGAAGAGUAUGCAGAGCGAAAGGGAAUUAGUACCGGUGGUGUGGUAAACAGAAAUGAUGAUCAUGGUUUUAUUGCGAAGAGUGGAAGAGCCGCGGCGUUUGAGAACGACGGCCGCUGGGAGCUGCCGCGAUUAGAGUUGAGGUUUCACCUAAAAUGUGGUGGUGUAUUACGCGAGACAGCAAUUAUCGUUGAGACCGAUAAUGAUGCCCUCAAGUGA